AUGCGCAACUUCUUCACCGUGCUUCUUUUCGCCGUCUCAGCGCUGGCUUCUCCCCAGCCACAAAUCACUAGCAGCGGCGAGUCUAGCGGCAGUGUUACCAAUCCCGAUGCCGACGCGUCUGCUGCCUCUGCUGCCUCCGCGCUGGUGGCGGCGAUCCCCAGCUCCAUCCUGACCGUAAUGGAGACAGCCAUCCCUGCCUCAUGGCAGGACGAGGUUCUCACGGAUCCUGCAUUCCGCUCCUCCGUCGCAAGUGCGGCCGCGGCGGGAACUUAUCCUGCUUGGUACAAUGAGCUGCCUAGCAGCGUCAAGGCUUGGGCGAGCUCGAACUUUGAUGCUCAGAUUCUCGGAGUCUCAACUACCUCGCAAGGUGUUGCUUCCGAGACUGGUUCUUAUGCUGUCACGACGGGUGCAGCUGCUACUCAAUCUGUCUCAAAUGCUUCGCAGAUCACUUCAUCUGGAUCCUCCUCUGCUGAUUCUGCUGUCUCCGGCUCUACGUCUGCUUCAUCUGCUGCUGCUUCGUCUGCCAAGUCGACCGGUGGUGCACCCGCUCCUACUAGUGGUAUCGCUAUGGGCGUUGCCGGUGCAGCUGGUGUGCUUGCUCUGGCUCUUGCCCUGUAG